AUGAACAAUAUUCGUCGAGAAGAAAUGUAUUGGUUAAAUCCAAAUUGGGUUCAGCCUGUACGAAAAUCUAAUAUGGCUCCUACAUAUUGGCAAAGACUUUUCAUGACGAAAGUAUUUAAUAUUCGACGUGAUCUUUAUGAUUAUUUACUAACAAUCAUAGUAGUAUUACUUGGAUUGAUUAGUCAGUUCUUAUAUUGGCUUGUAUUUGAUUCAUUUGGUCGUUAUGAAAAUCGAUCAAAACGAAAAUUGAAAUGUAUAGAAGAUCAAAAAGAUGGUGAAUACAAUGCUAUCAUAAUUGGUACUGGCUUUUCUGGUAUUGGAACGGCUAUUAAACUGAAAAAACAUGGAAUGAAUAAUUAUAUUUUAAUUGAACGACAUGGACAUGUUGGUGGUACAUGGUAUGCUAAUAAAUAUCCAGGUUGUGCAUGUGAUGUUCCAUCAAAUCUAUAUUCAUAUUCAUUUGAACCUAAUCCAAAAUGGUCACAUUAUUUUAGUCGACAACCUGAAAUAGCUGAAUAUCUUGAAUAUUGUACAGAUAAAUAUAAUAUUCGUCGACAUAUUCAAUUUUCGUUUUGA